GUGAAAAUAACCAAGACGAUAACGAGGUUCGGAUUUCCCUUGGAAAGAAAAGUAAUGGCCCAAGACUCGAAAGAGACAUUGAAAAUUCUGUGUAUACAUGGAUAUCGCCAGAAUGGUCAAGCAUUUAGAGAGAGGACUGGGGCCUUUAGAAAAAUUACUAAAAAGUAUGCUGAAUUAGUAUUUAUUGAUGCUCCAAACUCAGUUCCUCCUUUAGAGGAUGCAGCAGAUGGAGAUACAGUGGACCAGAGGGGUUGGUGGUUCUCCAGGGAGGAUGACUACUUCCGUGCCCAGGAUGACACUGACUGUUGUAAAGGGUUUGACCAUUCACUACAGACAAUACAGCAGGCUUUCCAGGAGCAGGGUCCAUUUGAUGGUGUGCUGGGGUUCAGCCAGGGGGCAGCAAUGGUGGCUUUGAUGUGUGGACUGAGAGAAAAAGACGAAGAAGCUUGUCCAUUCAAGUUUGACUUUGUGAUGUUGGUGGCUGGAUUCAAAAGUCAUUCAAAGCCACAUGAGGAACUGUACAAAAUACCAAUAACCUGUCCCUCCCUUCAUGUGUUUGGGGAUACAGACAAGGUCAUUCCUAAAG